CUACUCCAAAACCUUCACCCCCUCGAAUCAAACCCACAAAUCUUCACCUCUUUAGCCCACUCCCUCGGCCUCUCGUCCUCCUUCGCCUUCCACGAAGUAUAUUCUCUCGACGAACAAUCUUUUGACGGUAGGGUACUAGCCUAUACGCUCGCGUUUCCUACAUCAGAUACCUAUGACACCGAUCGAGCAGCCGAAACUUCCGAGUUUCGAAGGAAUGGCGAAGAAGAUGGUGUCAGUGAGGGUGGAGUGAAGCAAGAGCAAGAGCAAGAGGUACUAUGGCUACGUCAAACCAUCCACAAUGCCUGUGGUCUCUAUGCUUUACUACAUGCAACUUGCAACGGUAAAGCCAGGAAAUUCAUUAGUUGCACACCACCAAGUGCACAAUCAAACUUCUUGGACGGAUGUGCAGAACUAGAGACGGUUUAUGCGGAAGCAGCUAAUCAGGGGACANCCUCACCGCCAGAGGAUGGUGUAGAGGUGGAUUGGCAUUACACUUGUUUUGCUCCUUCCGCAAACGCCCACAAGCUAUACGAGUUAGAUGGGGAUAGGUGGGGUCCCCUCUACCGUUCAGACCUCCUUCCCGAUCUUGCGGACUUCGACGCAAAAGCAAUCGACUUGAUUAAAGAGUACUUCAAACGUGAGGUGGGAGGCAAGGAAAUUCAGUUCAAUGUUAUGGCUCUAGUGGAUGAGUCCUCUUGUUGA